UAUGUCUUCUAUAGCUGGAUCGAGUACACUGGCUUCAAGUUCAACUUUUAUUGAAGAUGCAGAGUUAUAUACCAAUAAUGAAGAAGAAUAUAUACCACUUUUAACGUUUCGCCAACACUCCUUGGACAAUGUAGACUCUGACAAUAAUGAUGACAAUGAUGAUAAUAACGAGGACGAAAACAUAAAUACUGAAAGUGUUCACAAGGGAAAACAUAAAUUAACAAAAGUGGUACAACAAAAACUGCCACCUCCACCUUCCAACUUUGAAUAUUUUAUUCAUUCAAAACCUCUGCAUCGGGCAUCUGUUCGAUUACCAUCAGAUUUGAAUGUUGAUGUCUUUAAACCAAUCGAUUUAUUUUUUCUUUUUUUUAUGAUUACUAUGCUAGAUAUAAUAGUUGUUAAUACAAAUUUGUAUGCAUUAACAAAAGACGCUGGUGCUAUUGGUAGACAUUGGCAAAAUUUAACUCGUAAAGAGUUUAUCAUCUGGAUUGCUCUG